AAUAAAUACGCGCAGCAACCGGGGCGUGUGUCUUUCGGUUCCGCAUGCUUCUCUUUCCCCGCACCCUGCGUGUUCUCGGCCCCGCUUCGUACGCUCUCCGCGGGACCGGUGACCGACCCCCUCCCCUUGCCCAUUCCUGCACCGUUAAAACCGGAGCCAGCGCCGCCUUAAGCCGCGGUUGCACCCGCAUGCCCCCCCCAGCAGCGAAGCGUGUCUGCGGGCUGAAGAUGCCGGCUGUUAUUAAGAUUGGGACCCACGACGGGACCUUUCAUUGCGACGAGGUGCUAGCGUGCUUCUUGCUCCGACAGCUGCCGGGGUAUAAGGAUGCGGAGAUCGUUCGAACCCGGGACCCUGCCCUGCUGUCGGAGUGUGACGUGGUGGUGGAUGUUGGAGGGGAGUUUGACCCCAAGAGGCAUCGAUAUGACCACCAUCAGAGGUCGUUCAGCGAGACGUUCCACAGCCUGUUGCCCGAGAAGCGCUGGGUUACGAAGCUGAGCAGUGCCGGGCUGGUCUACCUGCACUUUGGCCAGCGCAUCCUCGCACAGAUACUGGAGAGAGAGGAGGGGGACCCGGAGGUACAGGUGCUGUAUGACAAGGUCUAUGAGAACUUCGUGGAGGAGAUAGACGCCAUUGAUAACGGGAUCUCGCAGUGGGAUGAGGAGCCGCGCUACACCGUGACCAGUAACCUCAGUUCCCGUGUGGGACACCUGAACCCUCGCUGGAACGACAAGGACCAGGACACGCAGGAUGGUUUCCACAAGGCCAUGGAGAUGGUGGGGGCGGAGUUCUUGGAGCGGCUGGAUUUCUACCACAGGUCCUGGCUUCCAGCUCGCUCCCUGGUCGAGGAAGCCAUUCGAACCCGGAACAAGGUGGACGCGGGGGGCGAGGUGGUGGUGUUCGCUCAGGGGGGCUGUCCGUGGAAAGAGCAUCUCUUCAACCUGGAGAAGGAGCUGGGCAUCGAUCCCACCAUCAAGUUUGUUCUGUACCCCGACCAGAGCGGGCAGUGGAGGGUGCAGUGCGUGCCAGCCGGGCCCAACACCUUCCAGAACAGGCUGUCUCUCCCGGAGGCGUGGCGUGGGGUGCGCGACGAUGCCCUCUCCGCACUCAGCGGCAUCCCGGACUGCAUUUUCGUUCAUGCCAGCGGCUUCAUCGGGGGCAACCGGACCAGGGAGGGGGCGCUGGCCAUGGCACGCCACACCCUGGAGGGGGCAGCCAAGUCCUCCGCCAACGGUAACUAACCUGAACCACACUGGACCGAACAACGGCGCCAGCGCCAAUCGAAGAGCAACGAGCUGCAUGCUGGGUUUUUGUAAUAAAUAACUACAAAUAUA